AUGACUGGAACACCAAACAGCCCACCGGCGUCCGGCUCCCCUGGUCGCGCGAAAAAUGGCUCUCCCGCCAGGUCAAAGACUGCGUCGCCUUUGAGGUCCAAGACUGCUUCUCCUACAGGACCUGGCUCAACACAAAGUGAACACGAGGAUGCAACAGGCCAAAUUGAGGUUGACGAUGAGGGCAUUGGAUCUGACGGCGCGUCUACUAUUGAUGACCGGUGGUCGUCGUAUACAGCAUCAAUAACUUCAAGCGUGGUUGAUUACCCUACAGAGCACGGUCGUCGCUACCACGCUUUCAGAUCUGGAUCGUACUGGGGUCCUAAUGAUGAGACUGAGGCUGACCGCUUGGACUUCUUGCAUAUGAUGAUGGUCAAGGCCACCGGAGAGAAGCUUUUUAUGGCCCCGAUUGAGGAAGACAAGAUCCACAGGAUUCUUGACAUCGGUACUGGAACUGGAAUCUGGGCAAUGCUCAUGGGUGAGGAGUUUCCAAACGCCGAAGUGGUGGGAAAUGAUCUCAGCGCUAUUCAGCCAACUUGGGUCCCACCGAAUGUGAAGUUCGAGAUCGAUGAUGUUGAAAGUCCCUGGGUAAACUCUAAGAAGUAUGACUUCAUAUUUUGCAGAGAUAUGGCUGCGUCACUUGCAGACUGGCCGAAGUUGAUGGAGAGGAUAUAUGAGAACGUAAACCCCGGCGGCUGGGUUGAGUUCCAGGACUUCAACCUGCGAUACACUUCAGAUGACGGUAGUUAUACCGAACAGCACCAGACUAGCAAGUGGUCGGAGUUGUUCUUUGAUGCGUGCAAACGCAUCAACCGCGAAGCCAAUCCGGGACCUAAGUUGGAGGACUGGGUCAGGGAGACUGGGGACUACGUCAAUAUCACCCACCAGAAGUUCAAGAUUCCUGUUGGGGACUGGCCGAAAGACCCCUACUACAAGGAACUGGGCAUGAUCAACCUGAUGCAGAUCUUGGACGGCCUUGAAGCGUUCACUUUGAGACUGUUCACCGGUGUACUUGGAUGGACCAAGGAGGAGGUUAUAGUACUUCUUGCAGACGUCCGUCGCGAGCUGAAGUCUAGAACCUUCCAUCCCUACAUGGACUUCGUUGUCUAUGCGCAGAAACCGGAGGCGGAGGCCUGA